UGGGGCAGCCACAGCUUCUCUGGGCAACACAAACACGAAAAGCAUGUUUUGAUUUUAAAGACAAACAUUCUAGACUUAGAAUGGUAUUAAUUACACCGAAAAAAAUCCAUGUUAACAGUGUGCUGUUCUUAAAAGAAAAAGAAAGUUAAAUCAGCUGUUUAUUCACUGGAGUUGUGAGAAACAGCCCUUAGCUUGGAUUUAAUGAUGUUUAAUCAUUCUUUCAGAAACACAAAGGAGGUACUAAAAGCUGUUCAGCUGAGCUAUAAAGAACUAAAAGCUAUAACUCAGAUUCAAAAGUGAUUUAGUUCCAGAGGUAAGUCCAUAAUCCGACCAGUCAUGAGUUAAUCUGUCAUCAGACUAAGACUAGAAGCAAAUCUAUUUAACUAAGAAUAGUUAAUUCACCUGAAUCAGAGCAAGGCUGAAGAUCCUUCUCACAAGAGUUUAUUUUGAGAAAAUAUAAUAUUCAUGCUAGAGAGUAAAAAUAGUGAGUGGCUUUCAAAGGGAAAAAACGUGCUUUGGAAUUUGCACUGCUCUUCUUCUGCACUUUUGAGGAUGGUUUGACCUGCUGGUUGGACACAGUGGAAGUGAGGCAGCGAAUAAGGAAGAAAAUACCCUGUUUAUCAUAAAAUUGGAGGGGUUUAGGAGCAGCUUUUUGUGGCAUCAAACCCAAAUUCACCUCUCCCUCUUUGCUUUCCUUGUCCUGUUGUUCCAUCUCAAGGCAAAUUGAAGGGAUGAACUCUAACCUCUUAGUAGGAUAAUUUAUUAAAAUAACAGCUGCUCUAGAAUCGGGCCUGGGUUGAUCUUCAGUUCUUAAGGAAGAUUAACAACCUGAGGGUUCACAAAUGGGGUUCUCAGUUCCGACCUCGUGCUGUGGGGAGGACAAAGGCACCCCUCAGAUCCUGCCUGGAAUUCCUAAAAAAAAAAAGGAUUUUGGCCAGAACAGGAUUCAAAAUAUUCAAAUUAGGAAUAAUUCCAUGGGGGGGGGGGGGAAGGUGCAUUUGGGCAAGUGAAAUUCUCCCUCAUGUGACAGAAACAGAGGCGUGAACCCCGUGUGAGGCUGGGAAGGUUUGGGACUGAAAACACAAAUCUUAGUUUUGUUGAUGCCACUUCAGGUCCCCGUUUGCACACUGAGGAAGAGGAGGGUUUGCUGGAUAAAUUUGGUUUUCCCAGCACAAAACAGGCCCAUCAGUCGAGCAGGGGAAGAGGAUGUGUAAAUCCCUCUAAUUCUUUGUUGACAAGAAAACAGAGGAGCCCUUGGUCGAGCCCCAUGGUCUGAGUGUGGGGGGUCAGAGAUUUGCUAUUUCCAGAGCUGGGGAUGUGGGAAUGCUUAUGGAUACUAUACAGAUAAAUACCAUGGAGCAUCCUGGGCUGAUGUCUGGGGUUUGUUAGUCAGACAAAUGAAAUAACAAAGUCCUGGCUGCAUUUGGAUAAAUUGGUCGCUGUGUUUCGCUCCAUCGACCCAUUUAUACAUUUAUAUAUAAAACCCAGAGAAAAUUUAUUGCUGUUCUGUCUCACUCAUUUGGGGUUAAAAAAAAAAAACCCACCAAUAAAUUGAUUGGCAAGUGAAGGAGAAGGAAAUGAUGGAGAGGUGUGUCAAAACCCUUCGUUAUUUUUGUCUUGUUGUAAUCGCUGCUCCUCAAACAUAUUAGAGGCACCUUCCCUGCUUAAACCACAGCCUGUGGAAUAUUGCACUUCUAUUUAAUGCUCUUUGCCUGUUCAUUAUGGCUGUGAAGAUAAUAAGGCACAGCCUGCUGGGGUUGUCUGGUGCUUUAUUGCUCUGGAGAUGGCUCUGACAUAUUCGUUUGACUGAUGGCUCUCGGCGCUGUAUCAGCUGCGGUUUGGGGUGGGUUUGUUAAUAGUCUGUCGGAGAUUCUGCCAAGAUGGAUAUGAAUUAAAAUGUGGGAGGAAGAACAGCAGAGGACUACCCAGAACUUAGCAAGUCUUCACUCUGUGCCGUAAUCCCUCUUUGUGUCUGUCACAAAGGGAUCCUGGAGGAGGCUGUUAUUCCGCUGAAUCCCGGGGCUGCUCACGGAUCCCUGCGGCAGCGCCAGGACCCCGACGCGCCGGAGCUGCCAAACUUCCCCUCGUCCCUGGGCCACCGAGGGCUCUGGGGCUUUGAAGAUGGGCUGCCUUGCAGUGAAGACUUAACUGGUAAUUAAAUUCUCCCAGAAGCGCCAGGACUGCCGUGGACCAUGGGGCUGCCCCGUGCCCGGGAUGCUGCGUGGCGGAGGAAAGGAUGUGUGACCAGGACUGCGUCAGAGCGGCGACGACUCCUGUGAGACAUGGAUAGAUGCAAACAUGUCGGGCGGCUACGACUCGCCCAGGACCACUCGAUCCUGAACCCCCAGAAGUGGCAGUGCGUGGACUGCCAGACCACGGAGUCGCUCUGGGCCUGCCUCAAGUGCUCGCACGUGGCGUGCGGGCGGUACCUGGAGGAGCACGCGCUGCGCCACUUCCAGGAGACGCGGCACCCGCUGGCCAUGGAGGUGCAUGACCUGUACGUGUUCUGUUACCUGUGCCAGGACUACGUGCUCAACGACAACCCCGAGGGGGACCUGAAGCUGCUGCGGAGCUCGCUGUCGGCCAUCCAGGGCCAGCGGCGGGAGCCCCUGGCGCGCAGCGGGAGGACCCUGCGCUCCAUGGCGCUGGGCGAGGGCGCGCGCGGCCGCCGCGGGAGCCCCCCGGGGCAGUCCCAGAUGCUCACGGCGCUCUGGCACCGGCGCCAGGCCCUGCUGGCGAGGGCGCUGCGGACCUGGUUCCACAAGAGCUCUCGGGGGCAGCUGAAAUUGCAGCAGGAGAGGCAAAUGGAGGAGCUGGAGAAGAAGAAGGAGGCGGCUCGGCGGCGGCGGCAGGAGAUGAAGAGGCAGCUCCUGGAGGAGCUGGCGAACACCCCCCCCAGGAAGAGCGCGAGGCUGUUGUCUCACGUGCACGGGGAGAACUUGAUUCCAAGGAAAUUCAGGGAGGUGGCCUCCUCCCCUACCUCAAGGCAGGUGCAGAGCAGCAGGUUCAGACAGUUCUACUCCAUCCGGCGCCAGCCCCUCAUGACCCCCGGGGUCACGGGGCUGAGGAACCUGGGGAACACGUGUUACAUGAACUCCAUCCUGCAAGUGCUGAGUCACCUCCAGAAGUUCAGAGAAUGUUUUUUGACACUUGAUCUCUGCGAAACAGAAGAACUCUUGGCUAAAACUGUGAACGGGAGGGCCAGGAUCCCUGGCAAACUGGCAAAUGGGUCUGCUGCUAAUGAGUCAGGGAAGACUGACAAAGUGGGAUCAUCUGGCACGCAGAGCUCGCCAGCUGGCUUGAAUGGGAGCUCCUCCAUAAGCCGGAGCUUAGAACUGAUCCAGCCCAAGGAGCCGAGCUCAAAGCACAUCUCCCUCUGCCACGAACUGCACACCCUCUUCAGAGUGAUGUGGUCUGGCAAGUGGGCCCUCGUGUCCCCCUUUGCCAUGCUGCACUCCGUGUGGAGCCUGAUCCCGGCCUUCCGGGGCUACGAUCAGCAGGACGCUCAGGAAUUCCUCUGCGAGCUGUUGGAUAAAGUCCAGCAGGAGCUGGAGUCGGAAGGAACGAAGCGCAGGAUCCUCAUCCCCUUCUCGCAGAGGAAGCUCACCAAGCAGGUCCUCAAGGUGGUCAACACCAUCUUCCAUGGGCAGUUGCUCAGCCAGGUCACCUGCAUCACGUGCAACUACAAAUCCAACACCGUGGAGCCCUUCUGGGACCUUUCCUUGGAGUUCCCCGAGCGCUACCACUCCCUGGAGAAGGGCAUUGUGCCCGUGCAGCAGGCAGAGUGCCUGCUCACCGAGAUGCUGGCCAAGUUCACCGAGACCGAGGCGCUGGAGGGGAGGAUCUACGCCUGCGACCAGUGCAACAGCAAACGGCGAAAGUCUUCUCCUAAACCUCUUGUUCUGAGUGAAGCUAAAAAGCAGUUGCUGAUCUACAGACUACCUCAGGUCCUCCGGCUGCACCUUAAACGCUUCAGGUGGUCUGAGCGCAAUCACCGCGAGAAGAUCGGGGUCCAUGUCCUCUUUGACCAGGUAUUAAACAUGGAACCUUACUGCUGCAGGGACUCCCUCUCCUCCCUUGGCAAGGAGACCCUUGUGUAUGACCUCUCGGCUGUGGUGAUGCAUCACGGGAAGGGGUUUGGCUCAGGACACUACACAGCUUAUUGCUACAACACGGAGGGAGGGUUUUGGGUCCACUGCAAUGACUCCAAGCUGAAUGUAUGUAGUGUGGAGGAGGUGUGCAAGACCCAGGCCUACAUUCUCUUUUACACUCAAAGAACGGUGCAGGACGAAGCAGGAAUCUCAGAAAAACAACUCCAAGCUCAGGUGCCACCCAAAACCAGUGACAAGGACAGAAGACUGACAUUCCCAUGACGGGGAGCCCUGUCACUCCAUCAGCACGCUCAGCUCUUUCUGGAACCAUUGGUGUUCACAAAUUCCCUCCCGUGGGGAAGAACACUGGCUGCAGGAGGGGGAUCAGAGCAGGAUCGUUGCCACCCCGGGUCUGGGAAAGCCCACUGAGCUGGGGAGUUCUGACACGUCAGGUCGUUGUCAGAACCUUGGUUUUAAAGAGUCUCGUUGCUGAAUUAGGCUCACAGAAAGGAAAUUGGGAAGUUUGAUGCUGAAUUUCAUCUCAUCUCAGAGGAGCUGCGUGAGGUCUGUGACAAGUGAGCACAGCCAGGAAAGAGGAGCAUCCAGCUGGCUUCAGAGCCCUUCAGUCCCCACCAAUCCUGGGCAAACUGCAGCAGGAGCAGGUACAGUCCCUUCCCCUCCAGUGGCCAUUCCCACUGCCAGGGGAAUCACAGGCACUGCCUGCAAGGGAUUGGCUGCCCCGAGAGCUGUUCUUGCUGCAGAAAUGUGUAAGUUCUUCAUUCUUCCCCCAGGGCUCAGCUGCCCCUGUGACACCGAUUUCUCUGCCAUCAGCUGGGGGCAGAGCCCUGGCUGAAGCUUUGCCAGCAGCUCUGUGUGUCAGUGCCACUGGGGCUGUGUCACACUUCAUGGUUUAUUCUCUGGGCUGAACUCAACUGGCAGCUAAAUUCACUCAGAAUGUGAUUUUAAUACAGUUCUUCUCUGGAGAAAGUGUGUUCAAACACAAAAAAAAAAACCUGUAAUAAACCAGGAACGUACCUGUGUGCCAGAUCUGGCAGCAAAACCAAAACCUGUGCUCCAGGUUUCUGCUGGAGGGGCAUCACUGUCCCCAGGAUUAGAAAGUCUGUGGCUUGCACAGCUGUGGCAGCAGAAGUUGGUGGUGUGGAGGCAUCUCACAGUGGCAAAUCACUCUUUAUUACAAAUGUGGCUCGUUUUCCUCAGGGGAGCAGUGGUGGGAGUGCCACAGUGUGGGGCAGAGCUGGAUUCUGUCACUGCCUCUGGAGGGGGAACAGUCAGUAGUUGUGGUUGUCACACGAGCCCAGAGCAGGGGAAGGUGGCCCUGGAUCCAGGCAGUGCCCAGAAUUCCCCCUGUGAGGUUUUUGUUCCUGCUGGGCCAUCAAGGGAAGGAAUGUAGUUAAAUCUCAAAAUUCCACGUUGAGUUGGAAAGGCUGCAAAAAUGUCUGUAUCUGAAAUCAUCCUGAUUUUAGAAUCCUGUGAGAAACACAGAGCCUUAGUGGACUAUUUGUAGUCACUUCUCAGCCUACAGUUGCACCUCAGGUGUGUUUUUGUAAUUUGGGGUUUGGCUGUUCACGUUUCAUGUUUUAACCUGAAUAUGGAACUGCAAAAAAAAAAAAAACAAACCCAAACAAAAACCCAACACGUGAUGUCUUUCAAUCUUGGUUAUUUUUUUAAUUGUUAAAAGGUGAAAUAAUCUAAAAUACGAGGUUCUUCAAAAAAAUGGUUCCAUUUUCAGGUAGGGAAGUUCCCAAAGUGUGUUUCUCCUCCUUUCAUCCUUGUCAGUGUUUGCCCCUCAGACACACACGCUGUCGUGGGAGGGGUGAAAAGGGAACCCUCCCAAAUCCCACUCCUCUUCCCACUGCCACUCCUGGGACUUUUACCCCCCUGUCCUUGGGCAAGUUGAGCACAGCAAGAAGAAAUUUGGGUUGUGCCAGAGCUCAGCAUCACACGAGGGCUCUUCUGCCCUUCGAGUUUCCCAUUUCCUGUGCUCUUGACCAACAUGCUGCUUUUUUGAGCCUAAAAGAAUGUCUUUUUGACAGUUCAGUGUCGUUCUGAGACCAGAUACUCUUUAUUUUUUGGAGACAGUCCUGAUGAAAAAGGUAUAGUUUUGGUUCUCUAAAUGUUGCAAGGGCUGGAAGGAUUCAUGAAUGUCUUUGUGUUUACUGGGUGGGGGACUUUUGGUGCUGCCAGUAAAUGAAAUCAGUAAUGAUGCAAAAAAUGUAAAAUAGGCCAAACUGAGAUCCAAUAGCAACAAAUGGGACUGCAGGGGAAGCUGAGUUGGGCUCAGCCAGGGAGAAGUUGACAUUCCUGAAGGAAUCAGAAGUGCUUGUGAUUGUCAGACACGUGAUGGAUUCGUUCUGGAGCAGAAUAUGUUCUGUGAGGCAGAGAAAAUUCAAAUUAAAGGCAAAAUAGUGCUUAGAAACACCUCAUCUGAGGUGUUUUCCCCAUACUUGUGUCCUUCCAGGCCUGCCUGCCUGCCCUUUAAGGGGAUUAUUUGUGGUUUGCUCUGCUCCCAACUGGCCCUUGGGUUCCCUCCCUGCAUCCCAAAGCCAUGCUGGCCCCUUUUUUGGAUAAAAAUCCCAUAGAAAGGCAAACCCACUGCAGCUUGAGUUGUUCCUGCAGCGAGCCCAGGCUCUGUGCCAUCAGUGCUCAUCUUUUGACUGAGUGUUUGGCAUUAAUCUUGGAAUUCAGCUGGAAUUGCAGCUGUCAGGGGGGGUCACAGGGAGCUGGGAGUGUUCCCGCAGCCAGGGUUUGUAGGAUUCGAGGUGACAUCUCUAGUCAUGAGUCUCCAAGGGGCAUCAGCUGAGCUGGGGAGAUCCUGCAGCCAGGAAAACGAUAGCCCUGAUAGGGAAGGAAUGAAGUAAACUCAGAUAAACCUGCCUUUUCCAACACUGUGAGGUUUCUGGAGUAUUUAGCUUUUCUUUGGAAGCGACAGCGUAUGGCACUUUUGAUGCUGGUUGGUUUAUAGUUGGCUCCUGCAGGCUUGAGACAGGCAGAGCCCAAGGCUCCCUCCAUGUGGGCACUGUUUUAGAGUGUCCUGUUUGCCAGGAAGUCUCAUGGAAGUCACCCCCUCCAUCAGGAAGGUGAAAAUACUGCUUGGAAUUCCAGGGAAGCCACUGAGGUGUGUCUGACAAGGGGCGGCCUCCAAAGCAGAUCUGCCCCUGCUUAACCAUGUGGCUUCCAAUUCUGCCCCUGCCCUGAUGCAGAUUUAGAAUUAAUUCCAGUUUUAGGCUCUGUUAGAAUUAAUUAUUAGAAUUAAUACCAGUUUUACAGGUAGAUGAGGUGACUCAGCUCCUGUGAGGAGUUCAGCAGUCACAGCUGGGAGUGCAAACCAAGUGUCUGCAGCACAACCCCCUUUGUUUUGGUCCAACUGGGAGUAAGCCUGUUGUUCCAUGUGCUGGGAGUCCUGUCCUGGGGACCCACUCUGGCAGCAGGAGCCGUUUGCCUUGAGAGAUGCUCGGAGCAAGUGGGAGGUUCGUGGCACCUCCCAGGUUGUUGUGUGAGGAGCAGGAAGUCAGGCUUGGGAUGUGCAGCCGUUGGGAGGGAACUGUUCCCAGCAUAUCCUUAUCCCAUCCAACCUGUGACUAAAUGGGAUUUCCUUAAUUCUUAAGAGAGAAGAAUCUUCAUGUAUCCAUGGCCAGGUGUCAUCCAGCAUCUGCUGUAGCAGUUGGAAGCCACUUUACUGUAGGUAACUUUUUUCCACUAGCAAGUUGGUUACAUAAAUUUGCCUUUAUUAUCCCUUUUCCUGCCUGUAUUCCCAAGUUAAACUAUGCAUUCCACAAAAAAAAAACAGUUUCUCUGCAAAGCACUGAAAAAACCUUCCAAUUUUUUACCCCCAAAUAAGUCUCUGGUUCAGGUUCCUGGCAGGGGGCUGUUGGCACAGGCUGGACAGGAGAGGAGUUUUCCCUCGGUAUGGAAUCCCCUGGCAGCCCUCGUGAAAACAAGAGGGAAGUGCUUGUUUGGGUGAGGAGCCAAGCUGGAGCUUGGGUGGAUUCCCUGGAUUUUUCAGUGGAUUUAAGUCAGAACAGCCUCGUGUUUCUGCUCCAGCUCCAUUCCUGACAUCACUAAUGAGUUGAGCUGACUUGUGCCAGGCUGGGAGUGUCCUCCUCAAGGACACUGCCAGGCAGCAGCAAGUGAGAGAGAAUCCAGUUAAUCAAUUAAUUAAUUAAGGGCUAAAAGGAUGGUGAAGGCUCUAGAGAGGCAGCCAUGGGAGGGGUGGCUGAGGGCACUGACUGGGCUUGUUCAGCCUCGAGACUGAGGGGAGACCUCAGGGGGCUGCAGGUUCCUCACGAGUCCAGCUCUGAUCUCUGCUCCUGGGAGCAGGGACAGGCCCCAGGGAAGGGCUGGAGCUGUGCCAGGGCAGGCUCAGGUUGGA